AAGAGGAAAGGUAGAGAAACGCCACAAAAUUCUCAUUCUCAAACCAAUCCUCAGACCCACCUCAAAGGCGUGCCCAAAACUAACCACCAAGAACUCACGAAAAUGCAUCGUGCGUUGCCAUGUUUCAGAUGUGUGAAGGAGUCCAAGGUCUUAUUGGCUCGUGCCCCCACGAAAAUGGACGAUGCGACGCAGGUUCUUCGAGCUUAGACUUUGAAAAAAUGAAGGUGGUGGUGGAGAUUUUGACAGGAAUCCUGUUCUCCGCCGAUGUGCCCGAUGACGGUACGGUGGCAGAUCUCAAGCAGGAGAUCGGGGCCCAGCAGAAGCUCCCUCGCGACCGUCUGAUCCUGUUGCUCCGCAACUGUGAUCGGAGCGAUCCGAUCAAGGAUGAUGAAGACGGGGCUCGUCUCGCUGACGUGGGGAUCCAGGACGGCUCCCACAUCUACCUCUUCUUCAAGCCCGUCGACCCUGAAGAUUCCGAUCAACCCCCACCUCCGGCUGUCGCCGGCGAUAGCGCUGGUGCUUCUCCAGAGGACCAGACGGUCGUUCAUAGUACUCAAACUUGAAUUGGUGUCUUUCCUUUUGUCUUUUAUAUUUUGAAAAAUCAUCUUCUUUCACAAGCACUGUAGUCGCCUUAGUUUCGGUGUAUUAAUUUUACAGAUUAUACGACUAAGUAGGUGCUACAACUAGCAUGACAUCA